CUUGUUUGGAACCCUAAUUUUUAUCUCCAGCUUUGAUUGCGUUGGAUCUCUUUGGGUCUUGUCUUGCAUCUGCAAUAUCUGGUUGGUUUCGCUAAUUUUAGGGGUCUCGAUCGAAACCCUAAUUUGACAAAUUAAGGUUUAUUGAUUGCGUAAUGCCUACUAGCACUCUUCCUUAUUCAUUAGUGGAACUAUUCCAAAAGGAAAAGUUAUUUAGUUCACCCGGGGCCACCUUCACAAUGUUUACCCGUGAGGACCGUUUGGAGAUGGCGGCAAGAGAUGACUUUGCAUUAGCCAAAAAUUUUAUCGCCCAAUUACAGGGGCUUCUAGAACAAGAAAAAGCCCAAUUCCAGAGGCUUCUAGAACAAGAGAAAGCUAAUGCUAGGACCAAAUGGAAAAAAGACAAGAAAAGGAAGGCAGAAGCACAACCAGAGACAGACAUGCCCAAAAAAGACAAGAAAAGGAAGGCAGAAGCACAACCACAGAAUGAGAGAAACGUUACAAUGCUCAAGAAAUGUUGGGAAGGCCUUGAGGUCAAGUUCACGCCAAAGGAAAACAAGGCUCGCCUCAUUGUUACCAAGUUGGAGAACAUUCAAAAAAUAGUCAAAAAGCUGCCUGCAAGACUCCUUGCUGAGAUUGAACCAAGUUUUCUUAGUCUUUCUACUGAGGCUGUCAUGGUGCGUAAUGAUAUCUUAGAGUGUGUGAAGCUCGAUUGUGAUGACACUGCAAGGCGUUUAACCGUCUUAGCAAGUUAUAAGUAAUUAAUUUCUCUUAUGUUCAAGAAAUAUAAUUAAAGUGUUAACCAUUGGUGCCGUUUUAUCCUUUUGUUUGAUUUCAGAUCGGAUGUUUUUUGUAAUUACCCUAAUACAAUGGUGUGCACAGUCUAUUUGCAUAAGCUUGAAUAUUAGAGUUAUAAAUAUUUAUGUUUUUUUGCUGCUA